GAUGAAACUUUAUGUGUCAAAUUUUUUGUUCACUUUUAAUUCAAAUUUCGCGCAACUGCAAAAAUUUUAUUGAACUUGGAAAUUGAACUUUGUUUCCUCAAUGUGGUAAUAAGCCAAGGUUCCAUUCAAGGCUUAGUAUACGUUUCAUAUUUGACCAGUUGUGAUGCUUUGUUACUCAGGACAAUAAACAUUCCAUUUUAAAUUAUCAUACUAUGUCAGGUUAUGACUCAUACAGUACAUUCUUUUUAUUAAUUUCAUUAUUUUAAUUUAAAUUUUAUCUUGUUCAUGGAGAACAAUUAAAAAUAAUUAAAUUAUGUUAGGUUUUAUAAUAUAUGUUCUAAAAUAGUGUAGUGUUUUAAAUACUGUUCCCAUGUUUACGACAAUAAUAUUUAUAUAUAAAUGUAAAAUUAUAUAUAUAUAUAUACAGAUGAUAUUAUAAUUAAUGAUACCAAUCGAGAUACAUGGUGUGAUUGGGCUCCAUUUGACACAUCAGAUGCUCCAGCAUUACUUGGUAUGUUAGAUUCAGCAUUCUUAUUUGCAUACGCAGCUGCCAUGUUUCUCAGUGGAUUUAUUGCUGAACGUGUUAAUCUGCGUUAUUUCAUUUCCCUUGGUAUGCUAACAUCUGGUAUUUCUUGUUAUUUAUUUGGAAUUGCUAGACCGUAUAAGAUACAUAAUCUAUGGUAUUUUAUUUUGGUUCAGGCUGCUGGUGGAGUAUUUCAAACUUCAGGUUGGCCAGGUGUAGUAACAGUUGUAGGAAAUUGGUUUGGAAGAAGAAAACGAGGCUUAAUUUUUGGAAUAUGGAAUUCUCAUACAUCUUUAGGAAAUAUAUUGGGCACUUUAGUUGCAGCUAAAUUUGUUGAAUCUGAUUGGGGUUUAAGUUUCAUGAUACCAGGAGCUAUAAUGGGUUUGGCAGGAUUUAUAAUUUUUUUAUUCUUAGCACCUGCACCUAUUGAUGUAGGAUGUUCUCUUCCUAAUUCACUUGGAUAUAGAAAAAUAGAUGCAACUAAUAGUUCAGAUGAAGAUAGUAUUGAAGAUAUCGAAGAAUCUCAUACUCCUAGAGAAGAUCGUGUCAUCUAUCGCUGUGUCUACCGUGAACAAAAUGUUACUAACGAUUCACCAAGUUUAAGAUCCGAAACUAGUCCAAUGUUAUCAACAAAUAGACGUUUGCACCAUCAUGCUGAAGAGAAUGCUAUUGGGUUUUUUGGAGCCAUAAGUAUACCCGGUGUACUCGAAUAUUCUUCUUCAUUAUUUUUUGCAAAACUUGUAAGCUACACAUUGCUUUACUGGUUGCCAUUGUAUAUUGCAGUUUCAAGUACAUAUAAUACAACAUUAAGUGCAUAUUUAUCAAUAUUAUUUGAUGUAGGAGGUAUUGCAGGUGCAAUAGUUGCUGGUGUUUUAUCAGACUACAGUGGUAUGAGUGCUUUAACAUGUGCUGUAAUGCUUGGAUUUGCAAUUCCAACAUUAUUUAUUUAUGAUUAUUUAGAAAGUAUGAGUUUAAGUGUUAGUAUACUAUUAUUAUUAACAACAGGACUGUUGGUUAAUGGACCAUAUGCUUUAAUAACGACUGCAGUAUCUGCUGAAUUAGGAACUCAUCCUAGUUUGGGAGACAGUUCCAAAGCUUUAGCAACAGUCACUGCAAUUAUUGAUGGAACAGGCAGUAUCGGUGCUGCAGUUGGCCCAUUAUUAACAGGAUUUGUUUCCCAAUGGGCAGGAUGGCAUAAUGUUUUUUAUAUGCUCAUGUUUGCAAACGCGUUAGCUCUAGUUUUUUUGUCCAGAUUAGUUUAUAAAGAUAUACAAUUGUAUGGACAGCGACGAAGGACUGUAUAAGUGAAAUGUAUCUUAAGAUUAAGAUAUAAGAACUUUUUUACAAAUACAAAUGGAUUAACUAUGUAUAUACUAACAAAAUUACUCAAUUUUAAUUUAAAUAUUAAUUAUUAUUGUUAAAUAAAUGAUAUAUUUUUACAUUAAUUGAGUUUUAUAUAUACGUAUGAAAACGUAGUUAUUUUUAACAUAUGUAAAAAAGUAGUUAUAAUUAUAAUAAGUAGCAAUUUUUUUUUUUAGAUAAAUACAAUAAUAAAUUAUUUAAAUAUUAUGAGUUAUCAAGGAACACCAAUAGGGAUGAUAUAACUAAUAUGAUCUGCAAAUUCUCCCCAGGCAGCUCUUUGUGUUUGAAAUAUUACGAUCCAUGCAACAAGGGCAAUCAUCCAUAAGAUAGCUCCAAUGCCAGAAAAUAUUACAUCUACAAUAUUAUUCGUUUAUUAAUAAUUCUCUUUUAAUAGAAACAAUACAAUACAUACAUCUUUUAAUCUGUUUUUGUUCCUCAUAAGGCGGUACGAUAAAAGCCUCUCGUAUAAACCAAAUUGCAUUAACAGCCCAAAGAAAUGGAAGCAAUGCAAAUCCAGCUAUGUAAAAAAAAUAAAAAUUGUAUAUUUUAUGAUCAAAAACA